AUGCCGUCAUCCGCCGAGAUUAUACGCGAAUACGAUCCUGAGGCAAAUGGAAAAUGGUCAAUCGGUGCAGGAAGACCGUUCCCCCCAGCUCUUCCAGACCGACAGCAUUACCUCGUCGACUUUGAUGGAGCCAACGAUCCUCUAAAUCCCCAGAAUUGGCCAUUGACGACAAAGCUUGUAUCCUCUGUAUUGGCUUGCUCUGGUACAUUCAUCGCCGCAUUGAACAGUGCGAUGUUCUCGCCCGGGGUUGACAAGGCGAGCAGUGACUUUGGCGUGGCGACAGAAGUGAUUACUCUUGGUACGACUCUGUUCGUUUUGGGCUUUGCAACGGGACCAAUGAUUUGGGCGCCGAUGUCUGAAGUCGUGGGCAGAAAAUGGCCCUUGGUGAUUGCCAUCCUUGGGGAAGGGAUAUUCACCGUUGCAUGUGCGGUUGCGAAAGACGUUCAGACUCUUAUUAUUUGUCGAUUCUUUGCUGGAGUGUGUGGCGCCAGUCAACUGACUGUGGUUCCCGGCGUCCUCGCCGACCUUUAUGACAAUACAUAUCGCGGUGUCGCUAUUGCGCUGUAUGCUUUGACAGUGUUUGGGGGGCCGUUCGUUGCGCCUAUCGCCGGUGGCUAUACGGCAUCCAGUUUCCUUGGUUGGAGAUGGACGCUCUAUAUCCCGGCUUUUCUCGCCUUCGCAAGCGGCGUACUUUCUCUCCUCUUCUUGAAGGAGUCAUACCCCGCCUGUGUCCUUAUGGAAAAAGCUGCUUUCAUUCGGAAACAAUCAGGAAACUGGGGCAUUCAUGCCAAGCAAGAAGAGGUUGAGUUUGACAUUGCCGACCUGGCCGAAAAGUAUGUAAUGCGGCCCCUGAGACUACUUGCUACAGAGCCCGUGCUCCUUCUAAUAUCGCUCUAUAUGUCAUUCAUCUAUGGCUUGGUCUAUGCCUUGUUAGAGUCCUACCCCUACGUUUUCGAGGCCAUAUACGGCAUGCCCCCGGGUGUUGCUUAUUUGAUGUUUAUCGGGCUUAUUAUCGGCGUUGUCUUGGCCGUUGGCUUUAUUCUUCUGCAACAUGGGCAGUACGCCAAGAAGCUGGCAAAUAAUGCAAACGUCCCUGUCCCUGAAUGGCGCCUGGGUCCCACCACGAUAGGAGCCCCGGUAUUCGCUGUUGGACUUUUCUGGUUCGGCUGGACUGGCUUUACUUCCCAAAUCCACUGGGCUGCGCCGGCGGCCGCCGGAGUCUUUAUUGGCUUUGGCGUACUCUGCAUUUUUCUCCCGUGUUUCAAUUAUCUUGUGGAUGCCUAUUUACCAGUCGCCGCCUCUGCCGUAGCAGCCAAUAUUAUGCUUCGCUCGGCUUUUGCAUCGAGCUUUCCACUCUUCACCCGACAAAUGUUCGAGAACAUGAAAGUGCAAUGGGCAAGCACUCUGCUCGCUUGUUUGGCUACUAUACUGGUUCCCAUACCGUUUUUGUUCAGGGCAUUUGGACAACGACUCCGAUACAAAGUCCAAUAG